AUGACCAGCUCAGAUGCAGACUCCGAAUCAGGCCGUUCUUCGCCAGUCCUUGCUUCCAUCAAUUCCUCUUCUGCUCUUAUCCUUGUACACGAUGACGAAGAGGAGGGUCCGGACGUCAAUUACGCGCAAGAUCUAGAGGACGUCGAAGAUGACGGUGAUUCGCCGUAUCUUGGUAUCACCCGGCCAUAUGUCCAACCACUUUCUCCAACGACUGUUUUGCUAUAUUUGCUUGCACCCUACCUCAAACUAGGAGCAAUCUUACUGCCCAAUGCGGACCUGCCAUUGAGGCUCAGCAUUCCUCUUCUGCUGGCUUUCGCUAUCCUCGCAGUUUUCGCGAGACAGAUCUGGUAUAUGCUUUCCCGCUACCUUCGAAAAGGACCUGGAGAAGAGGAUAUCCUGGUCGACGCCUUUUCUCUUUCGAGAGGAAGCAGAAUAACGCGACAACGUAUCCGAGAAGCUGUUAGGUCAGGAAUACGGGCAGUAACUGGGAUAUUCAGAUUAUUCCUGGCAACUACGUAUCUUCGUGAGGCUAGCUAUGCGUUAGUUUCCUUACUCCCUUCAGACAUCGUGGUUCCAAAUUGGACCUUCACUCUGAUUUUGGCUGUAUUCAUAUAUCCCUUUGUGAUCGCACAAUCGCUCGGAAGCAAGCGAGUCAUAUACACUACUUGGGCCUCUAUUGCAUGUUAUAUAAUAUGGUUCAUUUGUGUCGUAUUUGCACACGCACAUGGGGCUCUUAUCGGUAAUUCCAGCUGGCUGCGAAUGGGUUUACUCUGGGAAGGCACAUCAACUAUCGCGUUUACCUUCACCUCUUCUUCCACACUCAUUCUGUACUCUUCGCUGCAAGCAAAUGCGCAUGCCACAAAUUCAGCAGCAACUAAAACACCGUUAUCACGCUCGUUCAAAAUACUUUCUAUCAUUUCCGUAGUCCUAGCUGUUUGUCUCACUCUCCCACUAUUGGUAUUUGCCGCCUUUCCUAACAAACCUCAAGCUCAGGACAUACCAAGCUAUAGGGUGAUACCAUUCAUCCUAGCAUUAAGUUCUAUCACUCUACUUCUGGGUAUACCUUUGGUUCUCACCACAACACCAUCCCUCCCUCUUCCAGAACGUUUUCGACGCAGUACUACCAUUCCGCUGUCCAAAACCUUCAUCUUCGUCGUCGUUGUCUUACUUUCAAUUGUCCCAAUAUAUGUAUCUCGUGUGUAUAACGACGUACUUAUCGUGUGCGCAUUAGUCGGCACCUACUUUCUUCCUGCUCUCGUCCACAUCUGUACCCAUUUUUUCAAACGUCCUCUCUCCAUUAUCAUGCCCACCCUUCCGUCCACGCCAAACGAUCCAUAUUCGGCUACUUUUUCCUCAAAUCUUCCUCCGUUACCUGAUUCCUCUUUCGGUGCAAUGUCUUCAACAUCUACUCCACCGAACUCCGCCAACGAUCCGCUGUUGCAACGGAAAGAGCUCAUGCUGCAACGGAAGCAAUUUGGGAGGCGGGUCAUUUGGGAUAUCGGCGUCUGGACGCUGUUGUUGCCAGUUGGCGGAGGAGGGUUUGUGUGGGCCAUAGGAAGGAUCGCUGGGCGGUGGUAA